UGUCUUGGGUGAGCCAGCUAUGUCUGGUUGAAAAGGAUUGUUGAUAUUUAUCGCGAAAAAAUGUAUAGACUUGAUUUUAUGGUGUCAAAUGGCUGUCCCAUGGUGUUGUGCAAGGGAAGUGAACGGCAACUGCGGUGAGCUAGUAAAUGUACCCGAGCCGAUCAGAAUGACUAGAGUGUAGCUAAGCUGUGAAAAACUCCUCUGUCGGAAUCAUGGACGCUUAGAAGUGCUAUAAAAAACAACAUGAGUACUAUGUCUUGAAAAAAUUGAGUGGAAGAUAAAACACAAAGGACAAACGAAGAUUAGUGACGCUUCACCUCGAGAAUCGUUUCGCGAACGUGGCGAUGAGCCCAUCUCGCCCGUCGCGCCUCACGGAUCACUCGAAGGUAGAGGUGAGCGAGUGAGCGCGCGGCGGCGGCGGCGGUAAGGUAUAGCAAAGGCGUGGUGCGAGCGGGUGCUUGCGUGCAUCUCGUGUCACGAUGAUGACCCAGAAGAUGUGGAACCGCCUCCACUCUCUAUACAACAAGAUGGUGAGUGGCGUGGGCGGCAUGAGCGAUCACGCCCACGAGGCGGAGCGGGGCAGUAGGCGCUCCCUUGAGGCCACGUCCGUCAGACUGAAAGGCAGACGGAAUGGCGAAGUGACACACAUAAAAAUCCAGAAUAUGGGUGACUUCUAUGAUCUUUAUGGAGGGGAAAAGUUUGCUACCCUCGCUGAAUUGGUACAGUAUUAUAUGGAGAACCAAGGCCAGCUAAGGGAAAAGAAUGGAGAGAUCAUCGAACUCAAAUAUCCACUGAACUGUGCAGAUCCGACAACUGAACGUUGGUUCCAUGGCCAUCUGUCAGGUCGAGAGGCAGAGAAACUCAUACUGGAGAAGGGUAAAAAUGGAAGCUUUCUUGUCAGGGAAUCACAGAGCAAACCAGGAGAUUAUGUUCUCUCUGUGCGCACUGAUGAUAAAGUCACUCAAGUUAUGAUCAGAUGCGUGCAGGACAACAAGUAUGAUGUUGGAGGAGGGAGAAAAUUUGACACUCUCAGUGAAUUGGUUGAACACUACCGAAGAAAUCCAAUGGUGGAGCAGUCUGGUACUGUGGUUCCUCUAAAGAUGCCCUUCAACGCCACAAGAAUCAAUGCACGUGGCAUUGACAGCAGAGUCAGAGAAUUAUCGCGUCGACGCCAAACAAGUUUUGACCCAUCAUUACAGAAGGAGCAUCAGGGUCCCACUAUGGGGAAGGCUGGAUUUUGGGAGGAGUUUGAAUCUCUGCAGCAACAAGAGUGUAAGCAGCUCUACUCACGCAAGGAAGGCCAGAAGCCUGAGAACAGAAACAAAAACCGCUACAAGAAUAUUUUGCCUUUUGACCACACAAGGGUCAUACUGAGAGAUACAGAUCCUGGGAUUCCAGGGUCUGAUUACAUAAAUGCUAAUCUUAUAACUAGUGAAGAAGAUUUGGGCAGUGAAGCCAAGACCUACAUAGCUACACAAGGAUGCUUGCCUUCCACAUGUGCAGAUUUCUGGUGGAUGAUCUGGCAGGAAAAUACAAGAGUUAUUGUCAUGACCACAAAAGAGGUUGAAAGAGGAAAGGCAUGGCCAGAUCAUGGUGUUCCGUCCGAUCCAGGAUGUGUUCUUAACUUUCUUCAUGAUGUUAACAAGCGCCAGGAAGAAAUCACAUCAGCAGGGCCAAUUGUUGUCCAUUGCUCAGCAGGCAUUGGGCGUACUGGGACAUUCAUUGUUGUGGAUAUGAUCCUAGAUCAGAUCAAAAGACAAGGCCUUGACUGUGAGAUAGAUAUCCAGCGAACCAUCCAGAUGGUAAGGUCUCAACGCUCAGGAAUGGUGCAGACAGAGGCCCAAUACAAGUUUGUAUACUUGGCUGUCCAGCAUCACAUAGAAACAGUGCAGCAACGCAUCUCAGCAGAGCAGAAGAGUUUACAACUUGGCAGAGAGUAUACUAACAUCAAAUACAGCAGUGAGGCAGCAGGUGGCAUCGAGAUGGGAAAGUCCCUCUCGCGAUCAACUAUCUCGCUACCCACCACACCAUCGACAACACCGAGAGACCCUAAGCGACCCACAUCCACUGCCACACUGCCCAAGACACAGUCAGAAAACCACCUUCCAAGCCGACGAAGACAUUCAAUUACACCCAAGACAAAGGUUCGAACAUUUCAUCUUAGCCUGUUCUCUUGCUGAUUCUAGAUUUAGCAAGCAUUUAAUAUACAUGGAUUUAUUAGGA